UCCAGUCUGACACAAAUGGAAAAAUAGAUCUCUCACUGGGAUUCACACAGCAUACAUUCUACAAUUUGAAUAAAUUUAAAUGAAAUUCCAUUUCAUACCCUUUUUAUGCCCAUUUUUAAUAUUUUAUUAGCCAAAUCUCUCACACUUUCAAUUCCCCAGACGAAUCAAGACAAAGGCAAAACCAAUGGCUCUGACACACGCCAAUUCCCUUCACCGCCCCGCCACCACCACCGCCGCCGUGACAAAAUCUUCAUAUCUCAUUAUACCCACCUCAAUUUCUCCUUACCACACCACUUCCACAAGAAUCAAACCCAAAUCCAAGCCCAUCUCCGCCGUUAAAUCCUCCAAUCCGUCACCCACCACCAUCACUCCGCCACCGAAAAGAUGGACUCUUGACAGCUGGAAAUCGAAAACGGCUUUUCAGCUCCCUGAAUACCCUGAUAAAGAUGUCCUUGAAACUGUCAUCCAGACUCUUGAAUCCUUCCCUCCUGUUGUGUUCGCCGGUGAGGCUCGCAGCCUUGAGGAAAGGCUUGGCCAGGCCGCGCUGGGCAAUGCUUUCCUCCUGCAGGGCGGUGAUUGUGCCGAAAGUUUCAAGGAAUUCAAUGCUGUAAACAUUAGGGAUACUUUCAGAGUCCUCUUGCAGAUGGGCGUUGUCCUCAUGUUUGGUGGCCAAAUGCCUAUUAUAAAGGUGGGAAGAAUGGCUGGUCAGUUUGCUAAGCCAAGAUCCGAUCAAUUUGAAGAGAAGGAUGGCGUGAAGCUGCCAAGUUACCGGGGCGACAAUGUGAAUGGGGAUGCUUUUGAUGAGAAAUCACGAAUCCCUGACCCCCAUAGAAUGAUUAGGGCCUAUACCCAAUCUGUGGCUACAUUGAACCUGCUCAGAGCAUUUGCUACUGGAGGGUAUGCUGCCAUGCAGAGGGUUACCCAGUGGAAUCUUGAUUUCACUGAGCACAGUGAGCAGGGGGAUAAGUAUAACGAACUGGCUCACCGAGUUGACGAGGCCCUCGGCUUCAUGGAUGCUUGUGGUCUAACGGCUGACCACCCUGUGAUGACCACUACUGAGUUCUGGACAUCUCAUGAGUGUUUGCUUUUACCUUAUGAGCAAGCACUAACAAGGGAAGACUCGACUACUGGCCUUUAUUAUGAUUGCUCUGCUCACAUGCUUUGGGUUGGUGAACGCACAAGGCAAUUAGAUGGUGCCCAUGUAGAGUUUCUAAGCGGAGUUGCCAACCCCCUGGGAAUCAAGGUGAGCGAUAAGAUGGAUCCGAAUGAGCUAGUAAAGCUUAUUGACAUUCUGAAUCCUCAAAAUAAACCUGGAAGAAUAACCGUGAUCACCAGAAUGGGAGCUGAGAACAUGAGAGUGAAGCUUCCACAUCUGAUUAGGGCGGUUCGUGGAGCAGGCCAAAUUGUCACUUGGGUCAGUGAUCCCAUGCAUGGGAACACUAUUAAGGCUCCUUGUGGACUCAAGACGCGUUCCUUUGAUGCAAUCAGGGCUGAGCUGAGAGCAUUCUUUGAUGUACAUGAUCAAGAAGGAAGCUACCCAGGAGGGGUGCAUCUAGAGAUGACAGGGCAGAAUGUUACAGAGUGUGUUGGAGGCUCUCGAACGAUAACUUACAACGAUCUCAGUUCACGCUAUCAUACUCAUUGUGAUCCGAGGCUUAAUGCUUCUCAGUCUUUGGAGCUUGCGUUUAAUAUUGCAGAGCGGCUUCGUAAGAGAAGGCUUGGAUCACAACACACUCUUUCUUCUCUCAAGCUUUACAAGGCAUAAUCUUUAGCCGUUAGCAUGGAUUUCUGCACCAAGUUUUUAUGUUUAGUUUUUUGCUCUGUAUUAUGAGAUCUAAAGGUAAUAUGCUAUAAGAAAAAGUCUGGCCACUAGCAUAUAAGUAAUUUUGGUUUAUCCUCAAGUAGUGAGUAUAUGAUAUGCAUUGUUACUUUGCUGUAUUUUGGUAUAUUCCUUUGUCAGAUAUGGUUGGUUAAUGGUUACAUAACUCUUGUUAUGGUUUUA